AUGUCAAGUAAAUCUGUUCUUUUUGUAUGCCUUGGCAACAUUUGCCGCUCCCCAGCUGCCGAAGGAAUCUGCAGAAGCAUGGCUAAGCACCUACAUGUUGAUUCUUGCGGAACUGGACCAUGGCAUGUUGGCCAACAUCCAGAUAGUCGUUCAAUAACAGCAUGCAAGAACCACAACAUCGACAUCAAAAGCCAUGUUGCAAGAACAAUCAAGAAAAAUGACUGGCAAACAUUUGACGUAAUUGCUGCAUUAGACCAAUCAAUUUACAAUGAGCUCAAAGACAUGAUGCCUGCAAAAUCUAAAUCAAAAUUAGUGCUUUUUAACGCACCACGCGGAAUUGACGACCCUUACUAUGGCGGACAAGACGGAUUUGAAAAUAUGUACUCAAUCAUCUCUGGUCACAUGCCAACAUUCCUUAAGGAAAACGAUCUUCUCGAAUAA